UUGUAAAAUUCCUAGUUAAUUAUUCAAUAUCAACUGACAUGCAAGUGAAACUAUUGACAAGUUUAAUACGCUAAUGUAACAUAAUGCGGAUUACGAUUUCAAUCUAUUUAGUUGAAACUUUCACCGCGAAGAAACAUAAUCAUGAAGUUGUUCUGCCCUUCUAAUAUUUACCAAGAAUCUUGGUUACUGUUGAGUAUAACGAAAUUAUUAGGUUUAUAUCCUAUCAAAUUUUUCAGAAUUGCAUUUCCAAAUUAUUUAUAUGUAUCUAUAUUAGUGGCGCUUUAUUGGUUUUGUCAUUGGCAGUUUUUAUAUUACAUAUUUGACAUGUUUGAUAAAUUUCGUUCUAUAAAUGACACGUUUUUACUUAGAUAUGUUCGAGUUUACUUAAAUAUACUUUCGUAUCCUAUAAUAAUAAUUUCAAGUAUGUACAAAUGCUCAAAAGUAAAAAAAGCAUUCGAACAGUUAGAUACCGUUGACGAAAGCGCUAAGUUCUUAAAUAUAGAGAUCGAUCAUUCUUUAUGUAUGAAAAAUGAUAUUGUUAGAAUAACUACUGCGAUAUUUGUAGUACUAACUUGUAAUUUAAUGGAUUACUAUGGAUUAUUGGAUAACGAUUCAGGCUUUAUAUAUCUUCUUAUAUGGGUAAUUGAUAGACUACCCGAUUUUGUUUGUGUAAUAGUAAUAUGUUCUUUUACUGUAUUUAUGUAUAAAAUUGAGAUUAGAUUUAUGCAAAUAAAUACGAUAUUAAAUAUUAUUACAAAAGGAAAACAUUUCAUUUCUAUCUCUGAGAUGUCCGAUAUGAACAAUGUUUCCAGAUAUAGAUUAUUAAAAUGGCUUCGAUUCGAAUUACACAAAACAAUGUCACUUUUAAAUGAAGCAUAUAGUUAUCGAUUCAAACUCAUGACAAUAAUAUAUAUUGGAUAUAUAUGUCUACAUGUGUGUAUCAUCUAUAACCAUACUUUUAACACAUUUUAUGCACCUGAUGUAAUACUGAGUUUUACAUGGAGUACCAUUGAUUUAAUCAAACUCGUCUACUUAAUUCAUUUAUAUGGCAAUCUAACGCUAGAGAUACCAACUGAUUAA